AUGGAACUUGAUAGGUCUUUCCUGGCACAGGGUGAACACAAUGAAGAAAUCCAAGCCUUGCUGGAACAAGGGAAUGAACUCAGGGUAACUGCAGAGACAUACAUGCACGACCACAGUUCUAGGAGCCAUGCCAUUGUUACCGUCAUUUUUACGGAGGUAUCAUCCAGACUGGAGGCAAAUCGGCCAAGUGAAAUCGUCUGUAAAAUGAAUUUAGUCGACUUGGGCAGGAAGGUAAGGGCAGACCCGGAUUCUGGGCCAGGCUUCAGGAAGCGACUCACUGAGGGGGCCAACAUCAAUAAAUCAUUAGUAACCCUUGGAUACGUCAUCAAAGCACUUGCUGAGCGGUCUCUACUGUCCUGGAAUGAGGACGAUACCUCAUCUGGGUCAAGCAUAGUGUCCUGUGGUACCCAGGGGUCUCAGUCAGGUCAGGGGUCACAGGGGUCAAGUCAAAUCAAGCAGCGUCUGCCAUACAUUCCAUACCGGGAUUCCGUGCUCACAUGGCUACUGAAGGACAGCCUCGGUGGAAACUCAAAAACAUUCAUGAUUGCAACCAUAUCUCCGUCCAGCAGGUAUUACAGUGAGAGCAUCAGUACACUUAGAUAUGCCCAACGUGCCAAAAACAUCAUCAAUCAACCACACGUCAAUGAGGACUCCAAUGUAGCGUUAAUCCGUGAAUUACGCGGUGAAAUUGAGCGUCUUCAUCAGAUGCUAGCCAGUACACCCAAAGGAAGUAACCUAGUCAGUCAACCAGAGAAAGAUGACUGUGAACUUGCUGAAAAACUGCUUGAAAGUGAAGAAAAGGCCAAACUGCUGACCCAAUCCUGGAUGUGUAAAUGGUCCACAACACACGACAUCAUUGAGGAGACAGACCUGAGUAUUCGAGGGGUACGCAAUCAGCGGUCAAACUCUCUGGGUGUGAUGAUUGACUCCCAGUUGCCGUACCUGGUUGGCAUUGACGACGACAUUCUCAGCACAGGAAUUGUAAUAUUCAAUCUCAAGGAAGGAGAAACAUUAGUUGGAAGGUCAAAUGCAGAGAUGCAACAAGAUAUAGUUUUGGAGGGACCAGCCAUUGAGAGGGAGCACUGUCGUUUUGAGAACAUUCAAGGGGAGGUAAUGCUGAUUCCUGCACCAGGGGCCAUGUGUGCCGUCCAGGGCCUGGAGAGUACACAGCCGACAAAACUGUCUCAGGGAGAUUAUGUGGUGCUUGGUGGCAAUCAAGUCUUCCGAUUCAACAACCCAGCUGAAGCUGCAAAACUCAGGGAAAAUAGACAGAGUCAAGGGAGCCUGAACACCCUGGGCUCUGGUUACCCCUCCUACAGCGGGCUCUCAAGGGCCAGCAGCUACAACUCCAUCAUCAGCAGCAGCGACGAUACUAGCUACCUCAGUCCCCAACAGGCCAGGGCCUACCCAAACUAUGCAGCCCAAGAAUUAUGUCGGGACCUUGAAAAACGCUAUCAGAGUGAGCAGGAGAGGUUACAAGAGGCAAGAAACGAGCUACAGCGUUUACGGAAGGAGCUUGCGCAGGCUGAGGAAAUGCGUCAGGAACAUGAGGAGGAGAUGUAUGCGCUACACGAGCAACAUCGCGCAGAUAUUGAGGAGCAGAAGCAACAGUUGGAGAGGCUUGCCUUGGAGAAUGAGCUUACCAGAGUGAAUGCCGAACAGGAAAUACAGACAGCUCGAGAGAGCCUUGUGAGGGAGAGGGAAGAAUUUCAACAGAAGUUAAAGGAUCAAAAGCAGAAACUGUUGAAGCUUGCAGCACAACAAAAACAGCAACAACACCAUAACCAGCAACAAAGCGAGGCUAUACAGACUGACCCGGUCUCAAGGCAGAGUGUCGCAGUAAGCUCAGGGAUGGGGGACUGGGAAGAAACAACCCCUUUGAAUUCACAACAAAAUGUUCUACCUGACCUGCUGGAUUCAGUUACCGAUCUGUCGUCUGCGUCUGCCAGGCUUGAAUUGGAGCGGUUAGAAGCGGCUGAAUUUUCCCGCCGCAUGUCUUACCAGCAGACGGAGGAGUGUCUGGCCAUACAGCAGGAGGAUGCACACGAUGCCUACCUCAUGACACAGGAACAAUUAGAGCACAGACUUAAAAAGAUCCAUGAAAUCGAAGAGGACUAUAAACAGCAGGACAAGGCACAUCUUGACGGCAUUGCUAAACAGCGUGAGACAGUUCACAAGCUACAAGAGCGAGAGGUGCAGCUGGAGGUCUACAUCCAGGAGAACGAGGAACUCAUCAGUGUCGGCUCCGCCCGCUUUCACCCCCUGAGGUCAGCCACUAGCGAAAUGACCCUGCUUGAUCCCAAGAUGACCCUUCUUGACCCCACAAUGGCCCAACAAGGCUUGGGAGUUGGGGAAGGGCCUCAUAAGACUGCAAGCAUGUAUGAUAUAGAGACUGCCGGUGAUCAUGCUGAGCACUCAGAUCAAGGAUCCAAGACCAAUGAACCCAAAAAAUCAACGGACUCAGGAAGGAAGAGGCCCGGUGAAGAUUUGGAGUCUAAUACCUCUGUCUGCAAUGACAAAGACACCAAACUGUCCUCAGUAGCUAAAGAUGUCACCAGAAGACUGUACACACCUCCGGAGCCAAAGUUCAAGUAUGUUCCAAAGGUGAAGGAAAAGGAAACAAGCCCAGCUCCAAGCAGACGACAGUUACGGAAAAAUGAUGAAACCUUUAACAGCAGCUUACGAUCUGCUGGUCCUGUAAAACCCAAAGCUUUGCCUGGAUUGCUCAAUGCCAGACAGCAAGAAGGAUCUGUCAGAAAGAAUAGUAAUAAUACUGUCAAAGAUUUGGAAGCUAAGAACAUGCCAGUGGAUAAAAAAGAAAAACACAGAAAACACAACACAAAAUCUGAUAAAAACAAUGGCACUUCAGAAAUAGUGAGUAAACCUAAGAAAACAGGUGAGAAAGACAGACUGAUGCCAAGCCGACCCUUGGGAACACUAUCUCCUGAUCGACUGAGCAUUGUUGGACCUUCAAGGCAUGGUUUGUCUCCAAGUCGGCACGCCACCAGUGCUAUAAGUCUUGCAAGCGUUCCUGAAUCUACUAACGAAAGUGAAGAUUGCAAUUCACCUCGACAAGAACAUGGUGAUCCAAGGUCAUACAUAGUUAACAAGAGAGCAAGAAAGGGAAGAUCUCAAGGUGACGAGGAUUUUACCCGGUGUCAUUCUGCACCUGACUCAAGUGUUAUGAUGCUUGCCUAUGAACAGUAUACAGAACAACUGGAGCAUCAGGCUCACAGGGAUGAUUCAGAAACUGAUAAUAUUGAUUUGAUGGUGAAUGAGGGAAGUGACAAUGACUUAAACCUUUGUUUAGGCAAUGAUGGGAGUACAGAGAUUGAUUUAGAAUGUGAUAAACCUAUUGAAAUCUCUGCAGAAAAUGAGUAUUUUGAGGAGACUAAAGGACUUUCAGUUACUGAAAAUGCUACAGCAGAUUUUGGCCUUAUGCAUGAGCCUGAAUUAUCUCUUAAACACUCGAGGUCUGGAGAGGAUAUGAAUGUAGAUGGUUUAACUAUUAAAAGGCCGAAACUCGACUCUUCAGCUGAUGUUGAUAUCUGUGAUAAUCAUUAUACAUCUGAUAUGUCUAGUUUCUCAGAUGAUUCUUUGAAUUCCGAUUUAAGUGCUGAUUCAUUAGAAAAUGAGCACAGCAAAUCCGUGAACAGUUAUUUUAGUGACCAGCCUGGCCAGCCUUUGCUCACAUACUCAUUAACAGAACAUUUCAAUUCAGGUGGUAUGGCAAAAUUGGAUAUUCAUCAUGGCUUUAAAACAGAAGAACAAGGUAAUGGAGACGUUCUUAAAUGUGUUCAAUUAGAUGCCAAUCAAGAGGAAGUGGACAGUGUUUUAUAUGCUGCUCUUCCAAUUGAGGACAAUAAAAUUGAUCUUGAGGAAAUUGGGGAAUAUCAAACAAUCAAAGAACCUUCAGUUGUUGAAGCAACAACAACAAACCAAGAAGUUUCACUUGUACAAAUGGAAGAUUUUGAAGGUGGUGCUAUUUUGACAAAAUGCGAAAGCAAUGAUUUCAUCAAUUCUGACUUCUUAGAUAAUGUUUUGGACAAGUCUGUUACAAUGGACAACCAAAAUUGGUUUGGAAGUACUGUCACUGAAAUGGACACUAAAAUUCAAGAACAAAUGGAUCAAGAAGUUGAUGAGUUUGAUGAAGAAUCAGACAAGAUGAAUAAUAAUACUGUUAAAAAUGGUGUUGAAACUGGCAAUGUUAUGUCAAAUGUUGUUGCCGAAUUCCUUGCUCAACAGAUGCUGGAAGUAGAAGGUACAGGGGGUAAUAUAUUUCCAUUGUCCAGAGUCUUUCACAGUAACAAACAAAAUGAAGCAAAAAUGGAUGUACAAUUUCAAGAAAUUGAUGAUGGCUUGAAUGCAACUGAUGUUUUGGCAAAUGUUUGCCAGCAAACUACUGAAGUAGACAGAAAUACUCACAAAAAUGUUCACACCCCAAAUAUGGAGCAUGAUGACAUGGCUGAGAAAACUGCUAGCUCACAGAGUUUGGAACAUGGGGAAUGUCCUCAGAAAAAUGCUUGUGCUGUAAAUAUGGAACUAGAUGGUUGCUUGGAGAAUGAAUUGAUCAAUUCUGACUGCUUCGAUCACAUUUUGGACAAUUCUUUUACAAUAGACCACCAAAAACUGGUUGGAAAUACCGUUAGUAAAAUGGACACUGUGGAUAAAAUUCCAGAACAAACAGAACUAGAGUGUGAAGAGUUUGAAGAUGAUAUAGACAACAUGAAUAAUAAUAAUGUUGGAAUUGGCAAAAUUAUGUCAAAUGUUGUUGCUGAAUUCCUUGCUGAACAAAUGGUGCAGGUAGAAAGUGUAUGUGGUAAUACAUCACCAUGGUCCAGAGUCGUUUACAGUAAUGAAGAAGAUAAAGAAAAUAUGGAUGUACAGUAUCAAGAAAUUGAUUAUGGCAUGAAUGCAAAUGAUCCUCAGGCAAAUGUUCACAUGCAAACAGCUGAACUAGACAGAAAUACUCCGAAAAAUGUUCACUCUACAAGUAUGGAACUUGAUGACAAGUCUGAGAAAACUGCCAGUCCACUGAGUGUUGAACCUGAGGAAGGUUCUGAGAAAAGCGCUUGUGCUUUAAAUGUGGAACUACAUGAUUGCUUGAAAAAUGAUUUGGCUAAUUCUGACUUCUUUGAUCAUGUUUUGAACAAGUCUGUUUCAAUAGACCACCAAAAACUGGUUGGAAAUACUGUAAGUAAAAUGGACACUGUGGAUAAAAUUCCAGAACAAACAGAACUAGAGUGUGAAGAGUUUGAAGAUGAUAUAAACAACAUGAAUAAUAAUAAUGUUGGAAUUGGCAAUAUUAUGUCAAAUGUUGUUGCUGAAUUCCUUGCUGAACAAAUGGUGCAGGUAGAAAGUGUAGGUGGUAAUACAUCACCAUGGUCCAGAGUCUUUCACAGUAUUGAAGAAGAUAAAGUAAAUAUGGAUGUACAGUACCAAGAAAUUGAUGAUGACAUGAAUGCAAAUGAUCCCCAGGCAAAUGUUCACAUGCAAACAGCUGAACUAGACAGAAAUACUCCGAAAAAUGUUCACUCUACAAGUAUGGAACUUGAUGACAAGUCUGAGAAAACUGCCAGUUUACUGAGUGUUGAACCUGAGGAAGGUUCUGAGAAAAGCACUUGUGCUUUAAAUGUUGAACUUCAUGAUUGCUUGAAAAAUGAUUUGGAUAAUUCUGACUUCUUUGAUCAUGUUUUGAAUAAGUUUGUUAAAAUUGACCACCAAAAACUGGUUGGAAAUACCAUAAGUGAAAUGGACACAGUUGCUAAUAUUCCAGAACACUUGGAACUAGAAGGAGAAGAGUAUGAACAUGAUUUACACAAGAUGAAUAAUACACAUGUUAAUGUUGUUGCUGAAUUCCUUGCUCAACAAAUGUUAGAAGUAGAAAGUGUAGUUGGUAGAAUAUGUCCAUGGUCCACAGUCGUUCACAAUAACAAAGAAGAUAGAGCAAAUAUAGAUGUACAGUACCAAGAAAGUGAUGAUGGGAUGACUGCAAAUGAUCCUCAGACAAAUGUUCACAUGCAAGCUACUGAACUAGAAAGAAAUACUCAAAACAACGUUCCCUCCCCAAUUAUGGAACAUGAUGACAUGUCUGAGAAAACUUCUAGCCCACAGAGUGAGGAAUUUUUGGAAAGUCCUCAGAAAAGUAGUUUUGCUUUAAAUGUGGAUCUAGAUGGUUGCUUGAAAAAUACUGAACUGGACCAAAGUCCCCAGAACAAUUAUUGCUCCCAAAAUACUGAAGAAGAAAAAGGCUGUAUGAAAAAUGAUUGCUCUGUUAAUAUGUCACCAGAUGAAAAAUCUCAGAAAAUGGUUUGCUUUCUAAAUAUGGAACCAGAAGAGAAUCUUCAGAAAAUUAUGAGCUCUCCAAAUAUAGAAUCAUCCGGAAAUUUUCAAAAAAAUGUGGACACCCAUGAUAUGAAACUCAAUGAAAAUGCUGAGAACACUGCACCCUCAUUUAGUAUGGAACUAUACAGAAGUCCCCUCGUAGAAACAAAGGAGGUCGGCGUUGGAACCAGCAGUGAGAUGCUGGGUUGCUAUGAUACGGAUGACAGCCUGGGCUCAGACGCUUCCUUCGCUGAUCCGCAGAAAGAGUUGCAGAUACUGCAGGAGGCAUUGGAAAAGUUGCCCCCUGCCACUGGUCCCCAGCUCUCCUCGGCCCGCCGAGCAGCACGUCAGCGCGUGAUGAUUCGUCAGCUUCAGCAGGGAGCCGACUCUGACGCCGGAGACAAAGCUUCAGAAGACACCCAUGCAAAAGUAAGCGCUAGGCCAGGCUCAGGAUCCCGUAAACGAAGAAAACCAAAACAAGUUGAUAAACCAAAAAAACAGAGUCACUCCACAGACAACUAUGACAGCUCCGAAAAUGAUAACGUAUUCACUGAUGAUUCGUUAGAAGGGGUACCAAAUGUUUAUCAGACGAUAAAUGGCCGCCAUGACAAUGGUCACCAUGACAAAGAAGAUAAUUUCAUAAAUGGUGAAAGCAGUGUGUCUGAAAUGGAUGUCAAUAGAAGCUAUCAUCAUCGUCCAAAAAAGCUUUCAGGUCCUGCCCAGUCAAGGCCAGAUGUCACAGAUUUCGUCACAGAGCCAGAUGGUCGAAGAACCGUUGGGAUUCAAACAUCGGAUCACCUUCGUCUGCAGUCACACAGGUCGGUUUCAACGUCACAUGCUGACCAGUCUGAUCAGGAGGGGAGUUUCGUCAGUUCUGAACACGGCUACACCAUGGUCACAUCACCAAUGAGUGUCUGGACCUCCAAUGAGCAGUCCCAGUUUGGGUACCAGAGUGAUCAGGCUUCGUCCUCGUCAGGGGGUGUUGGCUCCCGGUGUCCAGAGAUGACCAAUCACAGCCUGGCUCCAGCUGCUCGACUAUCCAUGCGAUCUAUGAAUAGUAUAUCCUCUCUGGCGAGUAACCUACAGCGGGGACCUACAGAAAUGUGGUCAACAAGUGAAACAGAUCUUAGACCUUUACCUCAUUUUCAAGAUGACCUUGCAUAUUCUGUGGAAACUGAAGGGAUUUACCCAUUGUCUGACCAUUCCCCUGACCACAGCCCCAAGCAUUCUGUGUACAUGAGGGCACCAAAAGAAGGCGUGUUUCUGGUUCCCCGCCCAGACUGCAGUACUCCCAACCACACGGGACAUGUUACGAUAUCCUUUCCUGAAUCUCAGCUUCAGCAGGUUAACGGUUUGGAAAGUAACACACCUGUGACAUUUGAAGUUACCGUGCAUGAAAGUAACACUGAUAUUGUUUAUAAUGUGGAUAGAACUGAAUAUAAAACUUGUACAAUCAACAAUCCAAACGAAACCCAGCAAAGAAAGAUUCCUGAAAGUAUACUUGUCAAUGUCACUGAAAAACGAGUGUGUAAAACGGAUGAUAGGAAAUCCACAACACAUUCUGAAGAAGUCGUUUUUAAAUGUCACCCAGAGUCUAAUGCUAUGACAGAUACGAGUUUAGUAAUAGAAAAUUCAAUGCAGUUACAAACCACUGCAGAAAGAGAAACAGUGUUUAAAAAUGGGGAAGUUGUUUCUGAACAGACUCAACAACGAACAUUUAAAGUGACAGACAAAACCAACACAUUUGUCCCAAUCAACAAUGAUUAUGAAGAGAAUGAUGAAAGACCAAAAAAUAAACUGCAGAAUUCUGGAGUGCUGGGUGCUACAAGUUAUUCAGGUGUUGAGGAAAGGGAUAGUUCAGAGGGAUGUGUUAAUGAUAAAACCGAACAUGAUGGUGCAUAUAUGGAUGAUUCUAAUUACACUUCAGAUACGUCUGACUAUGGAACAAUAACAUCAAUUGAUGGAAGAAAGGGCACCUUAUCAUUUACCUCAGAUUCUGAUGAAGGUGAGUGCCUGAAACCUGUAGGAUCACCGGGUAUUUCCCCAAGAGCAUCCCACAUAUCAAAGCUGAGAUUUGUAGAUGCUAAGGAUCCCAGGUACCAAAAUGUCCCCGUUGUUAAUGAAAUUGAGAUUGCUGAAGACCAUGUUGCCAGUUACCUGACAACGCCAGGGGAGAGGAUUUGUUCAGUACAAGAUACAAGCAGUGACUUUCCUUUGGCUGCAGCCUCUUCUAAUGCCAUUAAUGCAGAAUGUGUGAAUGAGAUAUUAGAAGGAAGUGUUCAUGAUCGGAGCAUUGAACCGAUGGAGACUGAACACAAUUCAUAUGCAAAGGUAACUGAGGGAUAUGUAACUAAGUAUGAUAACAUUUUGCCGAAUGAGCAAGCUAUUCAGACAGAUUUGACAGCAGAAAUUGAUCAAAGUUUACCUUGUAAAGAUAACUUUUCGUCACCUAAUGCCUGGAACGAUGACAGCAACACAUCAACCAGCUCUUCAGAUUACAAAACUCCACAACAGUCACCAAAUGUCAGCAUGAAUGAAGAAGUUGCUGCACAAAUAGAAGAUGUAGAAAUUCCAGAUUUAAGUGAGGUUGAAAGUCUUCAACCAACACCUCAGUUGAUUGAAAUUGGCCUGAUUUCCACAAAUGUACCAGUUUUAAAUGUAUUACCUGUGCAAGUUCUGAAUAUGAAGUCUAAUGAGGUAAGGACAAUUUCUGUUAACACUGACUCUGCACCGUCUAACAUUCAAACUAUUUUACCUUCAAAAGUCAGUCAGACUGUAGGUAGAACUACAACUUCUGGGCACAAUGAUAUUUUGAGGAGUGAAAUUGAAAAGAAAAUAGAGAAAUUGCAUAGACAUGUGAGAAGUUUGAGUGAUUCAGCCAUCAGUUCAGACUUUACAGAUGAAAAUCCUGCCUCUAUGUCCCCAAUGGGUAGCAGGGUUUGUGAUCACGGAAAAAGACUGGCUGAAAGUGAAAUUGAGAAAUUGCCAAUCAAUAUUCUGCAGACUUUCCAACUCACUGAAAGAGUUCCUGCAAAUGAAAAUAGAAAAUUCUCCUCCUCCAUGAACAAUUUGGAUCCUGUGAAUAAUAGCAAAUACUUAAGGUCCUUGUCUGAAAGUAACAUUGAUGAUUUUACAGAGGACAUGGAUCUUUCUAACAGCUCAAAUGAUAGCAUUACUUUUGUGUUCAUUGGUGAUAACAAUUCCAAGGAAAAGCAGUUACAGCAUGAGUAUGAAGAAACAAGAAAAAAUGGUUCAGCAUCUUCUCAGAGCUUUCAGGAUUAUAGGAAUACUGGGGAGCAUGAAAAUGAAUAUUCAGACAGUCACAGAAAUGGUUUGACUAUUGAGAAUGAUGGUUAUAUUGAAGACACAAAUGGAAAUGAAGUAUCAGAUGAUGUUUUUUCAAAUCAUUCAGCUAGUGAAGAGAUUGCUGCAAUAAUCGAAAAGCAUCAAGAUCCACAAGUCAGUAUUGCACAUGCAAACCUGACUGUACCGCAGUCAGAGUCCCCACAUACAUGCACCGACAUUUCAGAUGGUCUAGUUCAAACAAGAAGGCACAUCUCUGAAACUGAUGAUGACUCUGCCCCAUUGCGACACAAGUUUGGCAUAGAUGAAUCUGUAUUGCCCAUUCCAGAAAGAUCGAUGUCUGCGGACAAUCUUCCUAAGCGUAUCAAAGUUCCUCCAGGGGAUCUACACAGGUCAAGGUCAACAGGGAUGCUUGCUGUUGGGGUAAGUGCAGUGGAUGAAUCGGAGAGCGUAAUUUUUCCACCUAAAGGGACCAGUUACACUGAUGAGGAUCACACUGACGCCCCUUCGCAGCAAACUCUGUCUGAUAUGGAUGCCUCUAUUUCGGAUGAAAAUUCGGAUGACUAUGAUAUGGACUCCUCAGAUGAUGUUGAUGAUAAGUCAUCUGCAAUUGUUAGAUCUAUUGAAAGCAAGUCCACAUCAUUAGAAGAUUUUCAAGAGGAAUUCAUAAUUGGAUACAAGGCCAACAAAGACCGGUUUCAUUACUCUCAGACUAGCACACCAAGUUCUAGUCUAGAUGCUGACAUGGAUCCAAAGUCUAUUCAUGAUAGAGAACAUAUCCGUCAAGUUCUGGAAACUGUUCAAAAAUUUAUUAUGCCAAAACCUACUGCAGUGGAUAGAGGAACUUCAAUGGAAUCAGUUAAUCAGGGUUCUGAAACUGUUUCAAUUGGUAUACAGACAACCACUGAUGAAACAAAUGACCAAGAUUACCAGCAUAGGUCCUUGCAUGAACAAGAGUCUGAUCAUCAUGUUUUACCAUCUUUAACUGCUCGGUAUAGAGCACAAAGCAUGGACAGCUUUGGACUUGGAAGAGAUGCAAGUAGUUUGGAGUUGACGGAAGGUCAGAGAAAUUGGUGUACCUUGGGAGAACUUAUGGUUGAGACAACCCAGCUUUUGAGACGAAUAAAUGAACACUUGCCUGAGUUGGAUAUGAAAUCAUCUGGUUACAAUGUAGAUGAAAAUCAAACUAGAUCUAUUCUGACACAGUGGCGCCGCAUGAGUAACCAAACAGGCAUUUCAAUGACAGAUGCACAGACAAUUGGAGUUCAGACAGACAUUGAACCUGAAAGUGGCAAAUCAGAUAAAGCAACACAAGAUGAUAAACCAGGUGUUGCUAUUGAAAUGACUUUAGUAAAUAAUGAUUUACGAAUGUCUCAACUGGAAAAGAGUGAAACAGUUAUGACUGAAAUGAUACCAAGUUCAUCUGAAGAGAAUCCAAAUGAAAAAUUUCUCUGUACAAUUGGGGUUCAAACCGAUUCUUUUUGUGGUUCAGAUUUUUGUGUUCAAACUGAUCACUCUUCUCCAUUGUCAGUUGAGCCAUGUACCAUUAAUGAAUUGGAAACUGACAACCAUAAGAAUGGUACUUCUGAACAGGACAUUGCUGUUGACACAAUAACUACUGAAACUGCAUUACCUCUUGCUGCUGAUGUAAAUACUCAAACCAAUACAUAUUCUGUGGAUUAUGCAGCUGUACAGUCUAUUCCUGGGUUCACAGUUCCAAAUACACAGGAAAUUGAAGAUCUGAGAAAGGAACAUGCAAAAUUGAUGGAAAAUCUUCAGAAAGCUUCAAAUAAAAGAAAUGAAAGAAGAGAAGCCAUUAAAGCAAGAAAGCAGACUCCUUUGGAAUUUUCUCAGCCAGAAAUUGAAGCUAAAAUUGAGUUAGGAAGUAAUAAUGUAAAACCGGUUGUCAGUCAAGCAGCACAGGGAAUGCAUGAGGACUUUAACUCCGUUCAGGAACUACAUAAGCUGGAAAAGAGGCCUAAAUUUAAUGGACCAAAUAAAAAUGACCCGGAAUCUUCACUUGAAACGUCAAAGUCUACUGAGGAAGCUGAAAAACUGUUGUCAGAUGAUGAUAGGGAAAUAAGUAUGGAAGAUGUAGUUCGUUCAGCGGAAAUAAGUAUGGAAGAUGUUGUUCGUUCAGAUGAUGAUGAAGUCAUGAGUGAAGACAAUGUGCGUUCUGAUGGUGAAGAUGCUGAACAUUAUAUUUUAAGUCGUAAAAAGAGUGUAGAUUAUAAUGAUGAGAUCUUAGAGUCUGAAAAAAGCUUGGGUUCACUUACUCAAUUAUCAAGUCCUGGAGAAUUAACAAAAGAGAUAUGUGACCAAAAUGUACUUGACAACUUGGCUGGAAGCUUUGUGCCAUCUACAGGUACAUCUAGUCCAGAUGAAUUUGUUCAAAUUAAAAUUCAGUUUGAUCCAAAAACUGGUUUAGUGGUUCAAAAUAAAAUGAUUAAAGAAGAAAAACCCAGUAAAGGCAAACAAGAUGUUGAAAAAAUAAAAGAACAAGGUUCUACACAUGAGCAUAAAUGGGCAUUGGCCGGAGAUGAAUUGAGAUCGGUUUGGGAAAGAAAACUGGAAAUUAAACAAAUAGUCGAUGAGACCAAAGAGCCUUCUGACCAUUCUAAACCUUUCAAUGAUGAUAAAUCAGAAGACCUUAAAACAGCAUCACUUGAGGAUCAACAGCCCCAGUCAUUUAAUGGUGAGAAUAACAAAGUUGUAAGCAGGGAUGAAGAUGCACUAAGUGUUGAUAAUGACACAAUAUCAGAUAAAAGUCCAUCUUCUCCAGUACGAGAGGAUGUAAUUGUGCCUGAUGUAUAUUCCAGCAUAAAAGAUAAUCCUAGAUUUCCUGAACUUGAAAAAAUCAUUCCAGCUCAGGAGUCAGGUGCUAAGGACAAGAACAUGUCAGAACAAGAUCCAAGAUCACUCGAGAACAAGGAAGAAAAGCCUUUUAUUCGGUGUGAAACCAGUCCCAAAUUAAAAACACAGACACCAAGAGAUAAACAGGAACCAGUGAGUCCUGAAUUGUUCAGUAAAGAAAUGACAGGGCCAUUUGUCAAUGAGCCAGGUCUCCAAGCUCUUGACAAAGAAAACCCAGUUGAAAAUGAUAAUAAAGGUAAUGACGGCACUGACGGUGGAGCUAAUCCUGAACCAAUCCAUGAAACUGUUAAACCAAGUAGUGUUACUCCAUAUGAAACAUGUAUUCCAACUGGUGAUUUAGUUGAUAAAAUUGAAAAACAGCCAGUCAGUAAAAUUCAAAAUAAGCCUGGAAAUUACUCUAAUACGGCAUACAGUAAUACAAAAGAUAAGCCUGUAAGCCAAAGAAAUGAUGAACCAAUCUAUGAAACAUUCAAACCAAUUUAUAUGCCUAAUUGUGAACAAGGUGUUUUUAAUAAGGAUGACACAGACAAGAGAACUAAUGAUAAACCAGGAAUUAAAAAUCCUCAUAAGCCAGAGAGCAAACCAUCAAAUAUUCAAGACAGUAGACAGCCAAAUAAGUCAGAUGAUAAAGCCAAAGAUAAGACCAACAGUGCACCUCAUACUAAAGAUUACAGUAAACCUUUUGUAAGUAAAAGUGUUGCUGAACCAUAUGAUGAAUUUCAAGAUGUUCCUGUAUCAUCACCAAAGUCAGGAGCAGUGCCAGUUGAUGAUUCAACACAAAUAGAUGUAGUUAUGUUAGAAACAGAGACCCAAACAGACUUACCUUCCCCUGUCUCAGAGGAAUAUCCUGAUGAAACCUUUGUACCUCUUGAAAUAAAAGAAGAAUUACACAAAUUACAACAAGAACGUCAACACAUUAUGGAUUUGUUAGGUCUGGCUGGGCUUCCAAACAGCCUGACAGUGGAACUGUUGGAAGCAAAACUUAAUUAUUGCAUUGGACAAACUGACAUGUUACUUGAUAACAUAGAAAAUUAUAUACCUUCUGAUGAGGAAAAUGAUGAAUUAAUUGGAGAAGAGCAAACAACAAAAGAUUAUAUCAAGAAGUACCGUGAAGAUUUGAGAAAAUCUAAAGACGACAUUGAUGAAUGCAGAAAUCAGCUGAACAAAAGAUAUCCUAAAGCAAUUGGCAGGAAUAGAACACCAUUAAAAAAGACUAAUUAUUUUAAUAAUAACCGACAGGCAGAAAUAGAAUCUUUUAGACUGGAAAGAAUGCGAGAGCAGCAGGACUAUCAACGGUCCCGCCACGGUAUGCCGCACAAAGGAAGAGGAAGCACACCAUUGCAUGGAAACAGCCCAGCAGUGACCCCUAGGGGCUCGGAUCAAUCUAGAAGCUCGAGUCCUUCCUUCUCCCCUGGGUACAUGACCCCCCGAGAACGCAAGGAGCACCUUGUGGACCUCAGGCGUCAACUGAUCAAAGACGUGGUCGAAGAUGAGAAGCAACACAGCCGAUCUUGCUCACCUGUCAUGUUUAAAUCCCCGCCUCAAAGGCAUCGCAAUGUGAGCGAGCGUUCUCAAGGAUUUUCUCCGAAUGCCCGACUUUCGAUUUCAGAUGAUUCUAAGAGUAUUGGGUCCAGUCCAGAGCAGAGUCCAUAUUGGAGUAAAAGAAGCGUAACAUCCCCUAAAGUACCAAAGUCAUCGCCCAGACGUCCUGGAAGUGUUCCAUCCAACACCUUAUCACCGCAGAACUAUUAUACCUCACCAUUGUCCUUGAACCUGGAGGGUCUUGAAGACGAUGAAUCCAGCCCCUACAGUCCAUACUCUGCGUACGCCCGGGAACACCUCAUUCCGAACCAACGGACCUCUCCCGUACCCAGUGUGUUGAGGGGCACAUACGAACUUUACGAGAGCCCACGGGACCAUUCUGACAGCAGCGAGUCACAGCUGAGUCCUGAUAGGGGUCCGCUUGAUGAAGAUAAGGUUCGGCGUCUCAGACCGAUCCAAGCUUCAGACAUUAAAGCAAAGAUACACCGACAGAUCCGUUGAUAAGAUGGGGGGGUUGUUUGUUAGAAAUUGAAGAGGAUCUUUUCUGUGUGGGUAUCACAGAGUGUUUCAGUACCACCAGAUUAUCUCCAAAUACAUACAAGCUGCGUUUUUGAAAAACUGACCUUAAUGCAUGUGCAAAAAGUGUCGUCCCAGUUUAGCCUGUGCAUUAAGCCUAAUGUGGGACUACACUUUUCGCUUCAACUGGAUUUCUUUUAAGAAGACACUUCUUUUUAAUGAAAAAGUAAAACUUGAGAUAGUGGUUGGUAUGCGUUGCCAUAGAAACAAUAGAAUUUGUAAAUACCUGGCAGGCAUAUUUUUCUUACUGUGAUAUUAAUGGCUGAGCAGACCUCAGGUUGUCAAAUGGGGAACUUUUAUAUAAGCGUGCCACAAAAUACUAGUACAUGUAGUAAAUAACAACUGUGUAUAUAAGAGUGCUUUUUCUUCAUAUAAACUUGUAAAGAAGCUUUUUGUGAUAAAAACAGAACUGACAACUUGACAUUGGCAUGUUUUAUCAGGUUUUAUUGAUAUUUAAUGAUGUUGGUUUUAAUGGAAACUGUUUUAUAGAUUUAACAUCAAAGUUAUCAUGACGGAUGUUUUGACAAAAAAAUGUGUAAAUGGCAUAAUUAUACCAUUCAUUGUGUGCAUAGAUUUGGCUCAAUAAAAAUACUGUUAUGUAUACCUUAAACAAGUAGUUUUUGUUACUAAAGCAUGUUGCUAAUAAACAAAACAAAUGAAUGAAUCUUAUGACAUCAUGACGAGAAUUAUGCAUUGUUUUUCUCUGGUUUGAUAUUUAUUCACGUUUUUAUCACUUGUUUUCUCAUUGCCAUAAUCAUAAAAUAUCAAGCAUCAAGCAUAAAAUAUAUUGGAUUCAAUCUUUUUUUAAGUAUAUUUAUUGUUACUGUAAUUUCAAACACUUCUACAUUGUGUAUGUGUUUUAUGUCAUUGACAAACCCUUUAUAAUUAAAUAUUAUAUUUUACCCGUCCCACAAGUUAUAACUGUCUCAUUUAAAAUAUUGUUGUUUGCAGUUUACUGGUAUCUUGAUAUUUAUGUAUAUUUGUAUACAUCUUUAUAACAAAUGAAAAAAGUCUUCAAAAGGUUUGCCAUCUAUGUUUGCUCUUUGUCUGAUUUCAAGGCAUUCUGCAAUUUUGUACUGUUUAUCUUGAAGGUUAUUUUCUAUCCACAUUAUUUUAUAGUUGUACACUAAGCUGUCAAAUGAUAUUUUACUUGCUUUUCCGUCCAAUAAUACCAUGCUCUAAUACAUGACUUAUACCGGUUGCAUUGCUCACAAUUUCAGCUGAUUUGUUGUAUUAUAUAUAUGUUAUUGAUUAUUGUUAAGAUAUUUACUGAUAUGUUGAAUAAUAUAUAGUUAUGCGCUUUUUGUUCAUGUAUCUGUUAGAUGAGUGCUUUUUCAAGAACCUGACAUACUUUAGUUGAAAUGAGAUUUUUUUCCUAUUGGCUCUAUGCUAACUAAAUAUUGCUUAUGGCUUUAUGCUAACUAAAUAUUGCUUAUGGCUCUAUGCUAACUAUAUAUUGCUUAUGGCUUUAUGCUAACUAAAUAUUACAUAACUAGACAGAGAUCCAGCUUCUAGUUAAGCUCCAAAAGAGGUGCCAGUAUUUUCAACUCACCUGAUCACAUAGUGCUCAUGGCCAGACACUUGUGGUCAGUCUUGUGUCAUGUUUGUGCGUCUUUUUGUGUGUCAUCAUCAUUUAGGUGCCACAUUUAUUACCCAAUCUUGAUGAAACUUGAUCAGAAUGUUAAUCUUCUCAAUAUCAUGGUUGCAUUUAAAUCUGGGUCAUGUUCAUUCAAACACAAGGUUAUCAGUUCAGAUUUUUGAAAACACUUUUAAGCACUCAUAAUGCAACAUUUACAUUGCAAUUUUGCUUAAACUUUCAGAAUAUUUAUCCUGACAAUUUGUAGGCAAUGUGUAGGGCAAACUGGAAAACGAUCAUGUGUAUCCUAAAACUAGGUCACCAGGUCAAAUCUUAGAAAAAAACAUGUUUUCACUCUAAAGGCAACAUUUGUGGCUCAAUCUUGAUGAAACUUAUUAAGAAUGUUAAUCUUAAUAAUAUGCAGGUUGAAUAUGGGCAACCUAGCUGUGUCCUAAAUUAGGUCACCAGGUAAAAUCUUUGAAAACCCCAUGUAACCACUCAAGAUGCCACAGUUAUAACUCAACCAUGAUAAAGCAUGGUCAGAAUGUUUAUCUUGAUAAUGUCAAUUUCAUGUCAAAUGGGGCCAAAACUAGGGAACCAUGUCAAGUCAUGUACAUAUAAAGCAGGAGAGCACUUCACCGCCCUCUUUUUGUUUUUAGCUCACCUGAGCACAACACGCUCAUGGUGAGCUUUUGUGAUCGCCUUUUGUUUGUCGUCCGUCGUGCGUCGUCAACAUUUUGCCUUGUGAACACUCUAGAGGCCACAUUUAUUGUCUGAUCUUCAUGAAAUUUGGUCAGAACAUUUGUCCCAUUGAUACCUCGACUGAGUUUGAAACUGGGUCAUGCUGGGUCAAAAACUAGGUCACUAGGUCAAAAAAAGGAAAAACCUUGUGUACACUGUAGAAGUCACAUUUGAUGCCCAAUCUUCAUGUUACUUUGUCAAAAUGUUUGUCUAAAUGAUAUGUUGGUUGAGUUCAAAAAUGGUUCCGGUCCGUUGAAAAACAUGGCCGCCAGGGGGCAGGUCAGUAUUCCUUAUAUGGCUAUAGAGAAACCUUGUGAACACUCUAGAAGUCACAAUUUUUGCCCAAUCAUCAUGAAACUUGGUUAAAACAUUGGUUUCAUUGAUAUCUAGCACGAGUUCGAAAAUGGUCCAGAUCGGUGAAAAAACAUGGCCGCCAGGGGGCAGGGCAGUUUUCUCGAUAUGUAUAUACUGAAAACAUGUGAACACUUUAGAAGUCACAUUUUUGGUCCAAUCUUCAUGAAAUUUGGUCAGAACAUGUGUUUUCUGGAUAUGACAGUUCAGUUCGAAAAUGGUUCGGAUUGGUAAAAAAACAUGGCAGCUGGGGGUCAUUUUCCUUAUAUUUAUAUAGUAAAAACAGCUUGUGAACACUCUAGUUUAGCAUGUCAAGGGAAGUAACUGCAAAAUGGCUUUUGAAAAAUUAUGUUGAAUUGACAGAGUUGUCUCCCUUUUUAAAAUAUUUUUUAAGCACAAGAAGAUUAAGUGGAAUUAAUUAUAAAUGAUAGUUUUACAUUCUGGAAGAUAGCAAACUUUUGAAUAUGUUUUUUAUUGUUUGAUGAUUCUGUACAAUAUGGCAUUCUUUUGUCAAACGAUUAAAGCGAGACUAUACGAUUUUUAUAUGUGUUAAAUUGUAACAUAUUGAUAAAUACAUGUUACAAUAACACAAAAUAGGCAAGACAUUGAAGACAAAUUUCAUAAAAUGCAGCAAAGACAAAUUAGCGCCUCGAGCCGAUGGUGACGAAGAUAUUUCGUACAUAUUUUCCUACAAUAACCGAAGAAUUCGUCUUUUUAUUAGGAUCGGAGUUAGUGUUUGUGUGUUGUAUGAAUAGACAUCGCUGCAGAAAUUUAAAAACAACCAUUAAACUAAAUUAAGAUUCACAUUGUACAUGCAUGAUAUACAUUUUGGUGAAUUUGACUGUGCAGACAUUUUCGAUUUCAGAAUUAAAUAUCUGGCUUAUUUCGCAUUUUUCGACACAUGUUCUUUUUAACUUUUAUUUUAAUUUAUAUUGAAAUGUAUGACCUUGUUAACACUCUAGAGGUAACAUUUAUUUUCCGAUCAUCAUGAAACUUGGUCUGAAGAUUUUCCCAAUGAUAUUUUUUGGAUGAGUUUGAAAAUGGUUUUUGUUGCUUUAAAAACAUGGCCACCAGGGGCGGGGCAUUUUUCCUUAUAUGGCUAUAUAUGGCUUUAGUAAAACCUUGUUAACACUCUAGAGGCCACAUUUAUUGUUCAAUCUUCAUGAAAUUUGGUCAGAAGAUUGGUCUCAAUGAUAUCUUGGAUGAGUUCGAAAAUAAUUAUGUUUGCUUGAAAAACAUGGCUUCCAAGGGGCGGGGCAUUUUUCCUUAUACGGCUAUAGUAAAAUCUUGCUAACGCUCUAGAGGCCACAUUUACUGUCCGAUCUUCAUGAAACUUGGUCAGAAGAUUCAUCCCGAUAAUAUCUUGGAAGCGUUUCAAAAUGAUGCCGGUUGGUUGAAAAACAUGGCUUCCAGAGGGAGGGGCAUUUUUCCUUAUAUGGCUAUAGUAAAACCUUGUUUACACUCUAGAGGUUACAUUUAUUUUUUUAUCUUUGAUCAUGAAACUUGGUCAGAAGAUUUGUCCCAAUAAUAUCUUGUUAUCUCAGGUGAGGGACUUUGGGCCUUUCAGCCCCUCUUGUAUUUUAUAUUUUUGGUUCUAGUAAAAAAUUGUCAGGUACAAUUUAAUAUCUAUAUUUGUACUAAUAGAUGUAAACAUGUAGUGCGCUAGUGUCCAUAUUUAACUAACAUUGUGAUUACAGCUAUGUCACAUAAAGGCUUAAUGCAUUUGUUUAUUUAUCAAUGCUCUGAAUCUAAAAUUGCUCACAACUAAUUGGAAAUCACUUCAUCAUUUAAACAAUUUGGAUGGCUUGCAGAGUUUAUUUAUUUUCACAUGACAAACUAAUGUUAAAGCAUCUCCUUUUGGUAUGUGAACAAGGCGUCAUUGACAUGUAUAGACCAUUGUUACUUUUGCUAGAAUUAGUAUAUAAUCAAUAUAGAUCCUUGACAAAGCCAAUAUCUCUGGCCUAAUAGUUGCAAAUUGAUACCUAACAGCUAGUAAAAGUGUUUACUUGAUGUAACUGGAAGACCCAAUAUAAGAUAAAUGCCAAUAAAAUGUUAAAUAACACACAAAGCCAUUGACCAUGAUAUUUUUGUAAAAUAAUUUAGCUCCAACUUAAAGGAUUCAAUAUCUAAGUACAGUAUACAUUUUAUUUGCAUUCUUAUGAGUAAUCAGUUAUUGUUCAUUUUCUUGAAAUCCAGUGAGAGCUAAUUUGCAACACCUUACACAAAAAAUCUGAUGAUAUAACAUAAGACAAUGGCUUUCACACUGAACAGAGUGAGUUUUGAACAUUUCUCGAAUAUAUGAAUUAAGGUAAUAUGUUCUUUUGGAGAUUUGUUGAUGGCACAGUUGGCACUUUGUUAUGUUUGUUUGUCAAAUCUUGAACAAUAAUUAUUUAUAUUGUACCGGCUGACCAAUAUGCAUACAAUAAUAUGCUAUACAAUAACAUGUGAUGUUUUGUGCAGCUAUAUAAUGGUAUUUUCCACUGUUUUACUGACUGUAUAUUUGCAUCUUAUAUAUUUUUGAAGAUGUUCAAUUUAACAGUACAUGUGAGACGUGUUGUACAUUUUGUUAAGAAUAAUUUAUAUUUUUAUAACAAUUAUAAACGUUUCAUAAAACUUAA